UUGCAUUGCUUCUGCAGCAGAGUCAUUAUUUACGGUGGUACUAAGAAUGGCGAGAUACCCCGUCGCCGUCGAUACGCUCCCGAGUCGUCGAGUGCAUUGCCGAUCAUAGGCCACCUCCAUAUGCUGACCAUGGGCAGCAAACCGGCAGUUGCACCUGCGUUGGCGGCUAUGGCAGACAAAUACGGGCCCGUCUUGACGGUAUGGCUGGGGAUGCAGCGGAUACUUGUGGUGAGCUAUCCAAAGGUGGUGAAGGAAUGA